CUGAAAUAAAAUUCGAAAAAUGGCCAGAAAUAGUUUCGAAGAAGUUUUUGAAAAAGUUUUCACUUUGCUCAUGAAAAAAUUAAAACAACUGCUAAAAUGGCGAAAGUUAUUAGGCUUCGUUAUCGGUCUGAUCGUUUUUUACCGGGUUUUCUUCACGAGAUCCAGCAGUAAAACCGGAUUCACGUCUGCCGUAAGAUGCAAGGCUGACGUCGCUAAGGUAGCUAUCCCUAGUGAGAAACAAAGGAGAGAGUACCUCCUACCACUUGGUACAGAUUACAAAACAAUAGAGGAAGACUUCUUCUACCUGAUAAGCAGCAUAACAACAAACUGUCAGAAUCAGGAACAUCUGGGGCCUCCAGAAGAAGGGGGUUGGGAUGUUUGCCUCGAACCCAGGUACGACAUCACCCCACCUUGCCUCGUUUACUCGUUUGGUGUUGGCAACACAUUUGAGUUUGAGAAAGAUGUAGAGAGAGUGCUGAAAUGUGAAGUACAUGCAUUUGAUCCUAGCAUUGGUUUGGAAUCAUUUCAAUUCUCCAAGAAUGGUCACUUCCACAAUUACGGCAUAGACAACAUAAACACCAAAGACACAAGAACAGGGUGGACCAUGAAGAGGCUGGGUGAUAUUAUGAAAGAGCUAGACCAUAGAGGAAGAAAUAUCGACAUCUUAAAAAUGGACGUGGAGUUCUCUGAAUGGCUAGUCUUGAACGACCUCAUCACAGCCAACCACCUGCAAUUCAUCCGCCAACUAUAUCUAGAAAUUCAUACACCGGAAGUGGACAUUCACGAAAGGCCGGAUCACAGAUGCUCAAAGACGUCUCCGGAUUCGAUCGCGUUCAUGCUGCGAACUCUCGUUGAUUUAAAAAAUGCCGGAUUUAGCCUGUUCGGCAGUCGAACUAACUACCGCACUAAAUUCAUCUCGCCGGUCUCAGGGAAAGAGCGAUAUUGCUGUCAUAACUUGCAUUUCGUCAAUACGAGACAUCAUUUGAACCGCGGUUGAGCCUGCCUCGUUGCCACUCCAUACUUCAGUUUUUUUUGUUUUUUGUUUGUAUAAGGGUUGAAUUUGUCGUUCGUUUUUGUGCUUUUUAAGAUCGAAUGAUAUAAUAAAAGUGUGUAUUAAUAAUUGUAAUAAUUAAUAAUAUAAUAUGCUAAACAUAAUUAUAAAAUAAUAUUAUAUAAUAAUGUUAAUACACAAUAAUAAUUAAUUACAAUUGGUUGAUGUUAGAAAUAUUUGGAUAAAUGUAAGGAAGAAUGUUUCGUUGGAUGGAUGGAUGGAUGGAUGGAUGGAUGGAUAGAUGGAUUGAUGGUAUUACGAAACCGGUGGAUGGAUUGAAAGAUUGAUUGAUAACUAAAUGUUCUCACAGUAUUAGGAGGUGAUUGUCGUUACGUUAUAAAAAAUGAAUAAAGAAUGAUUGAUGCAUCUAUGGAGGGAAUGAAUAAAUGGAUGGAUGAAUGUCUGAAUGAAUAAAUGAAUGAUGUGUCUAAGUGUUAAAAUCAACCUGGAUGAUAUUCUAACGAGUCGGUAUAAUAUUUUUACAAUUUGAAUAUAAUUAUUUACAAAUAAUAUAUUUUUUUUCGUGAAUAAACACAUUUAAUUUCAUAUUUUACUACAGUAUUUUAACAUUGCAAAUUUGUUACAAACAAAACACAAAACAAGAACCGCAUCUUCGCUACUUCUGAUUGGCCUAUCGAGAUAAGUUUUCUCGUAGCUGUCAUCUCAUUGGCUAAUAAUCUGACCAAUGAGAAGUGUCCUAUGAUGUCGCAUAUACAAAUUUGAAACAUGUAGGAAUGUUGCUUUAGAAAUUGAAAUUGUUUGUGAGAUUUAUAACAAUAUAAUUUAUUCAAUUAAAUAAAUUAAUGAUUACGCU